AUGUCCCUAAGUAAGGAAGAAAUAGAGAAAAAACGAAUUCUUGUUGUUGGGGCAGGUGGAAUUGGAUGUGAGGUAUUAAAAAACAUUUUACUUAUUGGGUUUAAACAUUUAGAGGUUAUUGAUUUAGAUGUAAUUGACUUAUCAAAUUUAAAUAGACAAUUCUUAUUUAAUAAGAAUCAUAUUGGACAACCAAAAUCAGUUAUUGCAGCACAAGUAUCAAAAGAGAGGUAUGGCCCUGAAGCGGAAAUUGUUUCACAUCAUUGUGAAAUACAGAACAAUAAAUUUAAUAUUGACUAUUACAAAACAUUUGACGUUGUCAUCAACGCACUAGAUAAUCUUAAUGCCCGCAAACAUGUUAACAGAAUGUGCGUUUGUGCUAAUGUUCCAUUAAUAGAUGGUGGAACAUCUGGAUUUAUUGGUCAAACUACACCAAUUAUUCCAAAAGAAACAGAAUGUUAUGAGUGUCAACCAAAAGUACCUCCAAAAGGAUAUGCAGUAUGUACCAUUCGAUCUAAUCCAAGUACAGCUGUUCAUUGUGUAUUUUGGAGUAAACAAUUAAUACAAAAAUUAUUUGGUAAUGCUGAUGAUGGGAAUUAUUUAAAUGAUUUUCAGUUUUCAUCAACAACAACUCGAUGGAAAGAAGUUUAUGACAAAGUAUUUACUUCAGAUAUUAAAGUAUUACAUCAAUCAGAAGAAUUAUGGAAAUUAAGAAAAAAACCAAAUAUAUGGACGUAUGAAGAAAUUAUUAAUUGUUCAGAUACGUCACUAUUAAAAGAUGUAAAACCAUUUGUUAAAUUGUAUUAUAAUAGUUUUAAUAUUCUUCAACAAAGAUAUGAAAAUAAUGGUCCGUUUGAAUUUGAAAAGGAUGAUGAUGAUAUGAUUGAUUUUAUUACUGCAUGUACAAAUAUUCGAUGUGCAAUUUUUAAUCUUCAAGGGAUUAGUAGAUUUGAAGUACAAGAAAAAGCUGGCAAUAUUAUCCCAGCUAUUCCAACAACUAAUUCAAUUAUUUCUGGAUUAAUGAUUAUUGAAAUGAUGAAAGUAUUAAGUCAAAAGAAAGAAAAUUUAAGAAUAUGUUAUUUAGCAAAGAAACCAUUAAAAAAUCAUCUCCUUACAUUUGAAAAAACUUCUCAACCAAAUAAGCAAUGUUAUAUUUGUGGUAAUGAAGUUUCUGAAUUUGUUUGUGAUUUAGAAGUAUUUACUUUAAAAGAUAUAAUUAAUCAAAUCACAGAAAGAUGUAGUUUAAUUAACCCAACUAUACUUAAAGGAGAUCAGCUAUUAUAUGAAUCAGGAGAUGACCUUGAAAAAGAAGAAAUUCAAAUGUAUGAAAAAGUAGGAAAAAAAAAGUUGAUUGAUUUAGGAUUUAAAGAUGGAGAAACAAUUCUUUUUAAAGACGACAUUAAAACUAUGACCUUUAUAUUAAAAGAAGAAGAUCGUAAGCAUGAUGUAAUUAAUGAAGAAAUAAAAGACUCAAAGAAACAUCUUUAA